AUGGCACAGAACCCUCCAUCGUGCAACGCCAGCGCCAUCGCGGACAACUUCUUCCAGAACCUGCGCCAGACCCACUGCCCUCGCAGCGCGUGGGUGAAGCUCAUGCGUGACGCCGACUCGCGGCCCGCAAAGACUGUGGUUGUGGUCGGUUGCAACAAGGGAUACGACGCGGCAGCGAUGACCUCGCCAGCCAUGGCGGCAGAACGCCAGACGGCUGACUUCCCCGCUAUUGCGCACGCCGGGCGGGAGGAUGUCGGGAUCGACUACAACACCCGAGCGCCAGACCGGAGAGCGAAGCGGCCCGCCGAUGCUCCGGUGGCGGUGGUCUCAGUCCGGCUACGGACAGUGGACAGCCUCGUGGAGUCGGAACGGCUGGCGCUUGGCGGCAGCGUGAUCGACAUCCUGACGACGGAUGCCGAGGGCCACGACGCUCUCGUGCUGGAGGGAGCGCGUGAUGUGCUCACCCGGGUCCGCUACCUCGAGUUUGAGUACCACGCGAUCGGACACUGGGCCUCCGCCUCGCUGCGGGACGUGAUUGGUAGCCUCGAAUCGAGCGGGAUGGACUGCUACUGGGCGGGGCACGAGCGCCUGUGGAGACUGACCGGCUGCUGGGACGACCGCUAUCAGCACUUCCGCGCCUGGAGCAACAUCGCGUGCGUGCGGAGGGGGGACGUGUGGCACAGCGUCCUCAGCGGCUUCGCGUUUGGCUAA